GCGCUUCCGGCUUCUCGAGGCGCUUCCGGUCUCUCGCGGCGCUUCCGGCCGGUGCGGCCUAGCGGCGGCGGCGGGCCAGUCCCGUGCCCCGCAGCCAUGGAGAUGCCGAUGCCGCCCGACGACCAGGAGCUGCGGAAUGUUAUCGACAAGCUGGCACAGUUUGUGGCACGGAAUGGGCCCGAGUUCGAGAAGAUGACGAUGGAGAAGCAGAAGGAGAAUCCAAAAUUCUCCUUCCUUUUUGGAGGAGACUUCUAUGGCUACUACAAGUACAAGCUGGCCCUGGAGCAGCAGCAGUUGUUGUGCAAGCAAAGUCAAGAUAUUGAGGCUACUGCGCAGAUCCAGCCGCUGCCACAGCCGUCUCUCCCGCCAGCUGCGCCCAUCCCAGCUCCUCAGGGCACUCCUUCUGUGGAGGAGCUUAUCCAGCAGAGUCAGUGGAACCUGCAGCAGCAGGAGCAGCACCUCCUUGCUAUGAGACAGGAACAAGUCACAUCCGCGGUUGCCCUUGCCAUUGAGCAGCAAAUGCAGAAAGUUUUGGAAGAAACCCAGUUAGAUAUGAACGAAUUUGACAAUUUGUUGCAGCCCAUAAUUGACACUUGUACGAAGGAUGCAAUCUCAGCUGGCAAGAACUGGAUGUUUAGCAACGCGAAAUCUCCUGCCCACUGUGAGCUGAUGGCUGGGCACCUGCGAAAUCGUAUAACAGCGGAAGGAGCCCACUUUGAGCUCCGGUUACAUCUCAUUUACUUAAUCAAUGAUGUACUGCAUCACUGCCAGCGGAAGCAAGCACGAGAUCUCCUGGCUGCCUUGCAGAAGGUGGUGGUGCCUAUUUAUUGUACCAGUUUUCUAGCGGUGGAGGAGGAUAAGCAACAGAAAAUUGCCCGACUUCUUCAACUAUGGGAGAAGAAUGGGUACUUUGAUGAGUCAAUCAUUCAGCAGUUACAGAGCCCGGCUCUUGGACUUGGCCAGUACCAGGCAAAUUUGAUCAUUGAAUACGCAUCGGUAGUACAGCCUGUGCAAGUAGCCUUCCAACAACAGAUACAGAACCUGAAAACUCAACACGAAGAGUUCGUGAACAGCUUAACGCAGCAGCAGCAACAACAAAUGCAGAUUCCGCCACUGGAGAACGAGGUGAAAUCAACUCCUCCGCCUCAGGCCCCCACGGCCCCACCAGCUGCAGCUCCACCGUCGGCUCCUGUCACACAAGCAGAUGAUGGUAAAUCGCAGCUGCCUCUGGCUGGUUCUACCGAGUAUGACACAUCAGGGUCUGGAGUGCAAGAUCCUGCCUCGGGGGGACCGCGUGGCCCUGGAUCUCACGAUCAGAUCCCUCCCAAUAAACCACCCUGGUUCGACCAGCCUCACCCUGUUGCGCCAUGGGGCCAGCAACAGGGACCACCUCAUUGUCCUCCAUGGAAUAACAACCAUGAAGGAAUGUGGAACGAACAGAGAGACCAAGGCUGGAACAACCAGCGAGAGACACCUUGGAACAACCAGCCUGAUCCUUCUUGGAACAACCAGUUUGAAGCACCGUGGAACAACCAGCACGAACAACCUCCAUGGGGUGGGGGGCAAAGGGAACCUCCAUUUCGAAUGCAGCGGCCACCUCACUUCAGAGGCCCAUUUCCUCCACAUCAGCAACAUCCCCAAUUCAACCAGCCCCCGCAUCCGCAUAAUUUCAACCGCUUUCCACCUCGCUUCAUGCAGGAUGAUUUUCCACCUCGCCAUCCCUUUGAAAGGCCUCCUUAUCCUCAUCGGUUUGAUUACCCCCAGGGGGAUUUUCCUCAAGAAAUUGGACCUCCUCAUCACCACCCCGGUCACCGAUUGCCUCACCCUGGGAUCAGCGAGCAUCCUCCCUGGGGAGGGCCGCAGCACCCCGAGUUCGGGCCUCCCCCGCAUGGGUUUAAUGGGCAGCCCCCUCACAUGCGGCGACAAGGGCCCCCUCACAUGAACCACGACGACCCGAGCCUGGUGCCAAACGUUCCCUACUUUGAUCUUCCUGCUGGACUGAUGGCUCCUCUCGUAAAACUUGAAGAUCAUGAGUAUAAACCUUUAGAUCCUAAAGACAUACGUCUUCCACCCCCGAUGCCUCCCAGUGAGAGACUCCUGGCUGCAGUUGAGGCAUUUUAUAGCCCACCAUCUCAUGACAGGCCUAGAAACAGUGAAGGCUGGGAGCAGAACGGGCUGUACGAGUUCUUCAGAGCUAAAAUGAGAGCAAGGCGGAGAAAGGGCCAGGAGAAGAGAAAUAGUGGGCCCUCUCGUUCUCGCAGUCGCUCUAAGAGCCGAGGUCGCUCAUCUUCCCGGUCCAAUUCGCGAUCUUCAAAAUCGUCUGGCUCCUAUUCGAGGUCACGGUCUCGUUCCUGCUCUCGGUCACGAUCCUAUUCGCGCUCGCAGUCCAGAAGCCGGAGCAGGUCCCGCUCUUCUCACAGCCGCUCACGAUCACGGUCACGAUCGAGAUCGAAAUCCUACUCACCAGGAAGGCGGCGCCGGUCUCGCUCUCGCAGCCCCACUCCUCCUUCUUCUGCUGGUCUGGGCUCUAGUUCUGGGCCUCCUGUACCUGAAUCAAGGCUUGGAGAAGAGAAUAAAGGCCAUCAAAUGCUGGUGAAAAUGGGAUGGAGCGGAUCUGGUGGAUUGGGAGCCAAGGAACAAGGAAUUCAGGAUCCAAUUAAAGGAGGGGAUAUCCGAGACAAAUGGGAUCAAUAUAAAGGAGUGGGAGUUGCGUUAGAUGACCCUUAUGAAAACUACCGAAGAAAUAAAAGUUACUCGUUCAUCGCACGCAUGAAGGCCCGAGAUGAAUGUUAAUUCUGUUUGAAGUGGAGGGGUGCUGCCUCGAGUCAGACUGAUGCUGAGCAGUGUAUCCCAAUGUCUAAAAGGGGAGUGACGCCUCUAGUUCCAGUACAGGUGACCCAUGAGCACUGUGCGAGCUUGUUAGAGCCUGCCCUCCAACCUAACGCCCCACACACCAGCUGCUGCAGUCCCAACUCGGUCAGAGCACGAGGGUUCACUGAGGGAUGCUCCAUGCUUUGUAACGGAAGACGUUCUUUAUGCUUUUUAUAUUUUUGUAUAUACCCUUUAAUAAAGCUGAUUAGUUGAGUAGAAGAGAAUCGAUUUUCUCUGCUCUGCAAGUUUCUAACGAUGAAACGUUCUUGGAAACUUCCUUUAAUUGAAAUGAGAAAAAAAGCCCUUUUGUAACCGUUUCCAGACCACCAGCGAGCGCUGUUAGGCCCUCCCAGCGCUUCCACUCCAGCCGCCGGUGUGGUGGUUCCCUCUUCCAGAGCUGUUUGUUUGUAGAGCAGAGACCCUCGUAAAACCGUUCCGUUAACAUGGUGAGAUAUCCGUUUGUUGUAGAUCUGCUGUAGUUGUGGAACUGUACCUGUUUGUGAAUCAGCAUAUGCACCUGUACGGUAUCAACUUGUGAAUUUUAUUGUUUUGCCUUCCAAUAAACACUUUUUUUUUUU